AUCUUUAGUUGUAAAUUCUCCUUCAUCGUGUUUUAUUGUGUGUUCUCUCAAUAUCACGGUGCGCCGUUAUUUUUGUCUCGUGUGAUAUUUUUUCAUAUUAUUAUUAUUAUUGCAUAUUCUCUCAUUAUUCGCUCAUACGCAACAAAAUAUAAAAACGCACUUUGUUUACAAAUUUACAUGAUUUCCUUUUCGUCUCUCUCUUGGCCGUGUAGUAGAUAAGUAGGAACAGACAGGACACGGAGACGGACAGUAGAAAUAGCACGCGUCAUAGAAAGGAUAUUUUACUAAAUAUUGAGAGAGAGAGUCUCACAUAUAUUUAGGAAGCAAAGGAGCAUUUUUUUUUAUGUAUGUUGAAGUGUAUAUCCUUGUGAAUUAUAUAAUUGCGUUUGGGAUUCGUCCUUCGUGAAUACAACAACAACAAAAUAAGAAUAAGGACGACAAAAGGAGAGCGAGACGAAAAUUCCGCAAUAAUCAUUUUAUAGCAUUUUGCCAGGAGCAAAAAAAAAUACAACAACAAAAUAAAAUAAAUGAAAUUAGGAAGAAUCCUGUGAAGUUCUUCUUCCUUCGUCGAGUGACGCUCUGUCAGUGACAAUAUCCUUAUACCUUUUUGUGAUCCGUCGAAAAUAUAUAAAUAAUUUAUUUUUCUAUACCGUUUCGUUGUGUGUGCAAUUUAAUUGAGUAUAGGUGUAUUUUGGAAACUGUAAAUUUUAUUGCAAAUUUAUGUGAUCCUGCAGCUUUUUUGUAUGCAAAACAAAGAAAAGAAAUAAAAAUAGAAUAACGAGAGAAGAAGAAAAAAAAAAAACGAAUAGAAAACCUUGUUAUCCUUUACUGACUGAAUGACGUCAGUUAAUUUACCUAUAGUGUGUUUUUAUUAUAGUGUGUGUCACCUUUGGUUUAAAUAAUUGAUUAGGCUUUAGUGUUCGACUCGACCCGACCAAAACGCAAAGUGUUCUCUUCUCUACAAUUACUGUCGACUACUCUGUAAGGUCAUUCUAUUGUUCUAUGUGCUUUUAAAACAACAACCAAAUAAAAUCUGUGUUCUCGUGUAUACACUUUUGUAUCCUUUUUGACGUUGUUUUUUCCGUAUUUUUAUUGACCAACAAGGAAUACAAAAAAUAUAUAAAAAAAAAAAAAACAACGUAGACGAAGUCAAAUAUAUUUUUAAAGAGAUUAAGCACACAAUCCCCCCUUUUGCAAACACAAUGAAUCCAACCAAGGGAACAAUCACAACAAAGCAGCAUCACAGAAGAAUACCAUCAUCUUCAUCUGGAACAACAUCAUGCCGCCGCCGCUGUAACCACAGUUUGACAUUCCUCCUACCAACGAUAGUCACUCUAUUGGGUGCCAUGGCAUUCCAAGGAGCCGAUGCCAGUGUCGUUCACACGUACAAGCAAACUUCCUCCCAACUGGGUCAGAAGGUGACAUCGAGCACCCUCAUGUGGGAGCAAUACAGUGCCAAAGAUUUGAGUCAAAUGGAAUACGCCAUCCAGGGUGGCAAAUAUGUUUCCGAGGACGAACAUUACCCCAUUUAUGUGUGUCGAGUGAGUAUUGAGGGUGUCCAAACGAGCGGGCACACGGAAAAGCAAAAACAAUCGCAGCUGUGUGUGGUGUCGUAUCUCAAAGAAGUGAAGAAAUACGACAAGUUCGAGGUGCUCGUAAAUAAGGGCCAUUUGGGCAAGAUCAUAUGGAAGCCGUGGAGAAAGUUUAAUGCUGGCGUUCCAAUUGGAGCGAUAAGUGUGGAUGAUUAUUCGUAUAUUGGUAGGAGAAGGAUCAAUCAUCAAUCGAUCAAUGACCAUAUGGGAGCUGAUUUUACUUUGGGUAGAUUCGAUCCAACAUUGGGAUUGGGUAAAAUUUUGGUUGUGGAAGAUCAAUAUGAGAGGGAAUAUGAUGAUGGUGAGGUGUUGAUUGAAACCGAACCGAUUCGAUAUGAGUUGAGAGACAUUGUUUUGGAUAAAAUACGAACAGAUGAGAGAGUUAAUACCACAGAAAUGGCACAUGGCAUUCUUGAGAAUACCUAUGACACAUCUAAUCAAAUCGAGACUGUUUUGUCAUAUUCCUUCGAUCACGUUCAAUAUUGGGGAACACACGAAGGCAUUGCUCGUGGUUUGGCUACAAAAGUCUAUGAAAAAGGUGCCACCAUUCCAGCUGAAAUUUACUGGGGCUUGAAAUUCGCAAAGAAGAUCAAAGAAACAAAAUCAGUUAGUUCGAAUUUACCACCAGGAACUGCUAUCAAUGUCACAUUGUUGGGUGAUUAUGUCACUUUGGAGGCACCCUAUCGGGCUAAAUUGUUUGCCUUCUAUCAAGGAAUUUCGGAAAGUGUGUCAAGGAAUAUCACAGCUGAGGUCCGUAAAAGCUAUUUGAAAGACAUCAAACUUGAAUAUAGUCCAGUUUAUUGGAUUGAAAAUGGUACAUUUAUCCCAACGACCACAACAACAACAACCUCAACAACAACUCAUCCUACGACCACAAAACACAGUGAUGCCAAACCAAUGAGUGAACCACCGAUAGUUUUAUUAUCCGAUAUUGGACGAUCAGUUGUAUCGACAUCAUCUGCAGAUUCGAAAUCCUCCAAAUCAAAAAGUGAUAGCAAUGGAGAUGAUAUUAACGAAAAUAUUAUUCCGAACGAAAGUCGUGAAAACUAUGCUGAAAAUCUGAAACACAUGAAAGAUGCAGCUAGCCCUGGAACAUCACAUUCCACAAGGCUCUACUGUUGGACCAAUAGUAUUUUAAUUUUACUAAUUUUGGUUACAGUGAGAGUUUUUGGUUAAAUGUUUUUUUUUUUUUUUAAUUAAUUUUAUGUAGGGGAUGUAAAUGUAGUUAUUAUUUAAAAUAUUUUUAAUUUUUCUUUAAUUUUUAUAAAUUGCCAAAUUUAGUUUAAAACA